ACGCGUCGGUCGCGUACAGUACAUAAUUACAAUGAAAUCGGCGCAGUUUCUCUAAAUCAACUAAAUAUCACUUCUCCAAUAAUUUCUCUCAAAAACCCUCAAUUCACAUUUAACAACCAUCCGCAGCCAACUUAAAAAAUGCAAGACGAGGUCACAGGUAUCUCGCGGAGUGGGCGAGUGCGGAAGAAGAGCUCCAAGCUCAUGGACUUCGAGUCUCCGGAUGACAUCGAGACGCGGUUCCGGCGGCAGACUCCGGUGAAGUCCUAUACGGCGUUCAAACAGGAGGAGCAACCGGAGUUCCGAGAGGCACCGCAGCCGAUGGACGAGGGCGCGGCGUCGGGCAGCGAGUCAGAUUAUUAUGAGAAUAAUGGGGAGAAUGCUGAAAGUAUGGAGUCAGACAGCUCCGCCUCGGACGAGGGCUCGGCUCGCACUCCGGCCAACUCUCUCUACAUGAUGGAGAAGAGCAAGAAGAAGCUUAUUAUCAAGGACGGCAAGGUCAUUGGUCGCGCCAAGGCUCAGCGGAAGGAUAAAGGCAAGACGCGUAUCACUGCCUACAUGUUGUGGGCGAAAGAGGCGCGCAACGAACUCUUGCGUAGCCAUCCUGAUAUGGACUUUAGCGCCAUCUCCAAGCGGCUGGGAGAAAUGUGGGCCAAUGUGAACUAUAAUGAGCGCUACCUGUGGAAGCGCAAGGCAAAGCGAUUCGCCAUGCAGAAGGAACAGAGCCUUCACUCGGGAAUGAGCAAGAUCAUUUCUAACCCCAGCCGGGGGCCGGCGCACGCGGGCCCGGGCCGGCCGCCGGCGCGCCGCACGGUGCCGGAGCCGCUGCCGCCCAACAACCAGCUCGUGGCGGUGUCAGGGGCAGCGUCAGGUGGCGCUGGCGUGUACCGCGUGACGGGCGUGGGUGCUGUGGAGGUGGCCGCCCACCUGCGACUCCUGGGCGAGAGCCUGGCCAUCAUUGGCGAGCGACUUAAGGAGCACGAGGGCCAGAUAGCCGUCUCUGGAUCCGUGUCGGUGCUGCUGGACACGCUGCUGUGCGCGCUGGCGCCGCUGCUGGGCGUGUGCCGCGCCAUCCCGCAGCUGGCGCCGCCGCCCGCGCUGCUGCAGCGCACGCUCCACAACAUCGCCUACAUCAUGCCCGGCCUCUAGGACCCACCCACACCCACCCCUACAACAGGGAUCGGCAAACUUUUGAGAAGAGCGAACCGCAGU